CACGUUUAAUUAAUUACAGUGUGCAUCUGGCUAAAAAUAUCUUCCAUACGAUACGAAAUGUUAGUUUAAAUUUGGUUAGCUCCAGUUCAUUUGUGAGUUCUACUCAUCAGGCCCAGAUGUGUCUUGUCGGCAAUUCUAGCCAAAUACUAGCUCCAGCUAGGAUCUAAUAAUACAUGUAUGCAGCUACAUGCAUGUACGUUUUGUAAACGGUGCAAUGCUUCUGUACUUAGCUAUUUGUAAGUGUGGAUACUGUGAUGGACUAAUGAGAAAAAAAUCUGAUUUUAAGUAUGUACAGAUGUAAUGGAAUGUACAGAUAUAAUGGAAUGUACAUAUCUAUAUUUAUAGACUCUAUUUUUAGACUGUGGAUCUCAGAUAAGUCUGAGUCACAUGUGUUUUUUUGUCAGUUCUCUCAAUUUAUUGAUUUUAUUAAAAUGAUCAUGAGAGUUCUCAACCGAUAGACACUUAAAAUAUAGGCUGUUGCUAGUCUAGCCUAUCAGUCUAUCACAUUUGGUGGCAGCGGUUUUGGAAGCAAGAAGCUCCAGUGAAACUACGAGAUCGAGACUAUAUGACUGAACAAAGCCGGUGGACAGCAAGCACCUUGAGAUCUGGAAAGAUUUACAAGCAAGCAAAUAAACUAGAAGAUAUGACAUCAGGAGAUGAUCAUACCGAAAGGCCAGACCCAAUGGCAGAGAUGCUACAAUUGUUGAUGGAAGACCGCAGAAGGCACGAUGAAGAAGUUGCGGAGGAGAGAAGGCAGCGUGCCGAGGAACAAAUCCGUGAUAAAGAACGAAGGCUGUACGAAGACGAACGGCGAGAAAUUGAGAGUCAAAGACAGAUGGAACUGUUUCAAAGACUGCUCACAGGAAUACACAAACAAGGAGAAUCUGCAGAACGGCGGGCAGAGAAAGAUAGAGAGGUAAAGCUGACCAAGCUAGCAGAAACCGACGAUAUAGAGGCAUACCUUACAACUUUUGAAAGGAUGAUGACCUCAUAUGAAAUUCCAGCUGACCGAUGGGUGUACAAGCUAGCACCGCACCUGACUGGACAGGCGCAGAAAGCCUAUGCUGCAAUGCCUACAGACGAAGCAAUCGACUACGAAACAGUGAAAAAAACGAUUUUGAUACGAUACGAUAUCACGAAAGAAAGUUAUCGACAUCGAUUCCGAACCGCAACACGAAAAACGGGCGAGAGCAGUCGAGAACUGGCUACUCGACUCAAUGACCUGGCGAGCAAAUGGCUGCAGGAAUGUAAAACCGUAGACGAAGUUCGAGAUUUAAUUGUAAUGGAACAAGUGAUCGAUAUGUUACCGUUGGAGGUACGGAUUUUUGUCAAAGAAAGACAACCCGGCACGAGCGCUGAAGCAGCAAAACUUGCUGACGACUAUUGGCAAGCGAGGAAACCAUCACUCGGAAGACGAAUGGGACCACAAGCUGGUCUAAAAUUUUGCCAUACAUGUGGGAAGCAAGGACAUCUGUCGAAAGACUGUAGAAACAAAACACCGGGGAAACCCGACUGGAAACCCCAAAACAGUGGAGUCAAGAAAGACCUCAAAGACCUCAAAGACAUAGAAUGUUUUAAUUGCCACAAGAAAGGCCACUACUCCUCGAACUGUCCCGAGCGAGCAGGAGCACUGUUCUGUACAGAGAGGCGAAUAGAUUACCAAGGACAAUCGAAUACAAAGAAAACAGAAGUCCAAGCCAAACCUAGUGUCGUAAAAACUGGCUCAGUUGAAGGAAAGAAAGUGGAUAAUAUCCUAUUAGACACAGGAUGCUCAAGAACUCUCAUUCGAAAGGACCUAGUUCCUCAGCAUAAGCUACUACACGGAGAAGUAGUUGCAAUUCGUUGUGCACACGGAGAUACAGUACUGUACCCCCUAGCAGAAGUCGAUUUGGAGGUGGAGGGAUACCUAAUUCAUGUGGAAGCAGCCAUCUCGGAUACACUCCCUAUGCCCGUACUCCUGGGCACAGAUGUACCCGAACUCACGGCGAUACUUAGAGGUGAUCCAACCACGAAGAAAGUGGUGCCUCAGCAGGCAUUGGCCGUGGUGACGAGAGCAAGUGCCAUAAAGCAGCGAGAAGAAGAGGAAAUGACUGCCCAAAAAGAAAAAGAGUCGGGCGCCCAUUCAAAAACACUUGGAGUUGAGAUGCAAUUGCCAGUCAAGGAAACUGUAGACAGCGAGAGUGAGUCAGAAGUACAAAACUUGGAAAUUAUUGACAACGAGAACUUAAGUGACGUGCCCUUUCAAGAUUUGGAGGAUGAACUGUUUAUCCCAAGUCGAAACAGAGAGACGCUCACAAGAAAGGAGAAACGCCAACAGCGAGCAAAACAUUUCGAAAAAUGCAAAAAUAUGCAGUCGGAAUUGCACCCAUUGGACAUUUCACUUUCUAAAUUCAAAGAAUUGCAGCAAAAGGAUGAUACCUUAAAACAGUGUGUCGAGGCAGCUGAAGGCAGCCCAUCAACAGCAGGGGUAGGGUUCUAUCAAAAUGAUGGCCUACUCUAUCGCAGGUGGAUACCCCCCAAACAAGGGGCGGACGGAGUGGAAGUGGAGCAACUGGUACUCCCAAGGCAUUGCCGAGAAGAAGUACUGAAAUUGGCCCACAGCGUACCUUUAGCAGGCCACAUGGGCAAAGAGAAGACUGCAAGGAGAAUUCUGCAACGAUUUUACUGGCCUACCUUAUAUCAAGAUGUAGCCAAGUACUGCAAAGGAUGUCUCACAUGCCAAAAAUCUACACAAAGCAGAACCAAACGAGCACCGCUCAUCCCACUCCCAACUAUUCAGGAGCCCUUCAAGAGAAUAGCGAUGGACAUUGUUGGUCCACUCCCAAGAAGCAAUUCGGGCAAACGCUAUAUUCUGGUUAUAUGUGAUUACGCGACCCGAUACCCUGAGGCUAUACCACUCAAAAGCAUCGAUGCCCCACACAUAGCCGAACAGCUGAUGACACUGUUCUCACGAGUUGGAAUACCAGAGGAAAUACUGACUGACCAAGGAAGUAAUUUUACUUCAACACUUCUAACGGAGAUUUAUCGGAUGCUCCAUGUACACCCCAUUCGUACCACACCAUACCAUCCCCAAACUGAUGGCCUAGUAGAAAGAUUUAAUCAAACUUUGAAAAGAAUGCUCAGAAAGGCAACAAAGGAUGAAGGAAAAGACUGGGACAAAGUAAUCCCAUAUUUACUAUUUGCAUAUCGUGAAGUACCACAAUCGUCCACAGGCUUUUCUCCAUUCGAGCUACUGUAUGGCCGAAGUGUUCGCGGACCACUCGAUAUCGUCCGAGAAGCUUGGCAGACUGACAAAUGCGAUAGUGUGAGCAUAAUCUCCUACAUCAUGAAGAUGCGAGAUCGACUCGAACGAGCGACACAAGUGGUAAAAGUGAAUCUGGAUAUAGCAAAACAGAUUCAAAAGACGUGGUAUGACCAAAAUUCCCGACAAAGAGAAUUCCACCAAGGGGAUCAAGUAUUAGUACUAUUGCCAACAUCUAGCAACAAGUUGCUCGCCCAAUGGCAAGGACCGUAUGAAGUGGUCAAACCAAUUGGCAAGGUGGACUACCUGAUCCACAUGUACGAUCGACGGAAAAAAAGAAGAAUAUUUCACGUUAACAUGUUGAAACAGUGGUAUGUACCCACCAAUACUGGCUAUAUAGCAGAAGAAAUUGAAGCUGAUUAUGUGGAUGAAGAUAUACCUACGUGGACAGACGAUAACAGUACCCAAAUACCGAUUGACAAGCGGGUUGACACCCCUCAGAGAGCCCAAUUGCAGAGUCUACUGGACAAAUACCAAGAUGUAUUCAAAAACCAACCAGGACGCACUUCGUUAACGGAACACAGAAUAAUCACUGGAGAUGCUCGUCCCAUUCGUUUACCACCUUACAGGAUACCACAUGCUCACAGAGAUGCAGUCAGAGAAGAAAUUGGCGAGAUGCUCGAGCAAGGUAUCAUAGAACCAUCCUCAAGUGCUUAUGGUUCCCCAAUUGUGUUGGUGACCAAAAAAGACAAAUCGCUAAGAAUUUGUGUGGACUAUCGGAAACUCAAUUGUCAAUCACAAGCCGAUGCCUAUCCCAUGCCCAGGAUAGAUGAUCUAAUUGACGGACUUGGACGGUCACACUAUAUCUCAACUCUGGACCUCACUAAAGGUUACUGGCAAGUACCUGUCGCUGUUGAAGAUCGACCCAAAACGGCUUUUGUCACACCGUUUGGUUUGUUUCAAUUCAAGGUGAUGCCAUUUGGACUACAAGGUGCCCCAGCGACUUUCCAAAGAUUGAUGGAUCGUGUGAUAGCUGGUCUCAGUGAUUUCACAGCAACUUAUCUUGAUGAUGUGAUAAUAUUCAGCGAAACGUGGGAGAAGCACCUGGAACACGUUCGAACUACUCUCCAACGACUCAGGAAAGCAGGAUUAACAGUCAAAGCAAAGAAGUCACAGUUUGGAGCAAAGUACUGUACGUACCUCGGACAUAUAGUAGGUGGUGGAGUGGUCCAGCCAGGCUCAACAAAAGUACAAGCAGUACGAGAAUUCCCAGUACCAGUUACUAAGAAGCAGGUCCGAACCUUUCUGGGACUAUCGGGUUACUACAGGCGUUUUAUCCCUCAGUAUGCCGAUAUAGCUUCACCUUUGACCGAUUUGACAAGGAAGGCUGCACCCAGCGACGUUAUCUGGACUGACACUUGUGAGCAAGCUUUCCAAAAGCUAAAGACUCUGUUGUCAACCUCACCGAUCCUUGCAAGCCCAGAUUUUACUCAACAGUUUAUUUUGCAAACAGAUGCUUCGGACAGGGGAAUUGGCGCAGUACUCAGCCAGCUAGAUGGAACUGGAAUGGAUCGCCCAGUGGCAUACUAUAGCAAGAAACUCUUACCUCGUGAAGAACGGUACUCAGUGAUCGAAAAAGAAUGCCUGGCAAUUAAAGCAGGAGUAGCCGCAUUCCAAGUGUACUUACUUGGCCGACCAUUUACAAUACAAACCGAUCAUCGCGCUCUCAUGUGGUUGAAUCAGCUGAAAGAUAAGAACUCAAGACUCACACGAUGGAGCUUGUCUCUACAGCCCUACAGAUUUGAAGUAGUGCAUCGAAAGGGAGUCGACAACAGUAAUGCAGAUGCACUGUCUCGUGCGCCAAACCCUAUUUGACGCUGGAGAACGGUGGAGGAAUGUGAUGGACUAAUGAGAAAAAAAUCUGAUUUUAAGUAUGUACAGAUGUAAUGGAAUGUACAGAUAUAAUGGAAUGUACAUAUCUAUAUUUAUAGACUCUAUUUUUAGACUGUGGAUCUCAGAUAAGUCUGAGUCACAUGUGUUUUUUUGUCAGUUCUCUCAAUUUAUUGAUUUUAUUAAAAUGA